UUCUGUGAUUUAAACCGAGCACGCUCAAUACACUCCAUACAUAGCUCUCGUGAGGACGUGUUAAAACAUCUAUACCUACGUAGCGUACUUCUGUGAACCCCAGCGCGGCACAGUAAAAUGUUAAUGGCUAGGUACGGCGCAAUAGCACAUAGGGUCUUUAUACCUACCUAACUCCGCUCACUAAGCACAGACUGCUGCAUUGGAACUACCUAAUUCCUCCCUGGGGUGUCCUAUUUCGCAAAAAUUGUGAAACCUGGAACGGCGCCAUAGGGGGUAAGCCACCGUAAUAACUCUCAUUUUGCACCAUUCGCAUGAAAGUUACAAUGUAAAGUCGAAGUGGCUGCGUGUUGUGUAAUGCCGACCGCUUGCUUCUAUUCUAUAUGUAGGUUAGCGCAUGGCUUCGCGUGUCUAGGGCUAGGUUCGUUAGGCAGGUAUCAAAGGGCCACGGGGAUUUCGCCGACUUUCGUAAUCUGUGGAAACGUGGGCUCGAAUGCCGCAGCGAGUUGGCAACGUCGCACGCUCGACCGACGACCUCGCGUUAUCGCCCGCGGUGACGCGAUACGCUGAAAAGGUCACCAGUCGCCACUCCACUCGCCAUCAUCCGCUAAUGUCUUCGCCAUCUAAACAGUUGCAGUUUCGACAUAGAAUCCCAUAAGUACGCCGUGAAAAAAAUAUUGUUGCGACGUGGCGUCGUGGUGCGUAGCGGCGUCUCGCUCGCGCGCCCGCCGCGUCCCGCUCGGCUCCGCCCCCCUCCGACCGCAGCGCCGCGUAGCGGCCGCGCCGCGAAAUGUACACGUCGCCUAUACAGGCAGCGUUGCCAUUCCGUACCUAUAAUUUCGCUGGACGUAAAUUUCAACCGAAACAGUUCAAUGGACUUUUCGAAAACUCUAAACGUGUCAUUUUACGUAAAAAGUCCUGUGUUACAUAGAUUAUUGUAGGGAGUGGUGUGUGACCGUCUGUUUUGUUAAAAUUUGUGUAUUUGAGUGUGAGUUGCGUGUCCGUGCUUGUAAUCCGUGAACGAAGUCCCGUUGGGAGAAUAUCACGUCUGUUUUUGGCUCUAAGGUUAUCGGUGCAGUGUCGUCGGUCGUGUCGGUCGUGUGCAGUGGUGUGUCGUGUGCAUCCGUGUUUGUGUGUGUUGUGCGACGAAGCGCCGGUAUGGCGCGCAGCUAGCGAGCCGCGCCCGCCGCGGCAUGCGCGCCGCCUAGCCAUGCCUGCUGCGCAUCACGAGCCAUGGCGCAGUACUCGCAACGGACACAGCCAAUGCACAGGUGAGACUUGCAGACACAAAUGGAAGACCGUAAGAGAUAGUUACAUCAAGCACAAGAAGCUAUUGAAAUAUACGACUGGCAAGAAACUUAACGAGUACAUCUGGGCUUCACACUUGAGUUUCUUGGAUAAACAUCAGGUGAAUAGAAGAAGUUUUUAUCAUUUAGCAAAUGACGAAUCUUAUUCUUCUCAACCAACACCAACAGCGGCAAAAAGUUCAGAAAAGCUUCAGAAACCGGUGCGCCAGGAGUUGGCGUCGAUGUUGGCGAUUUCACCACCACCCUUGGCUCCAUUGACAUCUUCGAAGGAUGACACUUCAUUUAAAUUCCAAGCUUUAAAAGAAGUUCGGAACAGUACAGACACUACAACCGCAACUAAAAGACUGGGAGAAGUAGACGCGACUGACCUUCUGUUCCUGAGUUACUCGAGUACAUUCAAAACGUUCUCAGGCAGACAACAGGCGCUAAUGAAGAUUCAACUUGCGAAGUUAUUUGCUAACGCUGAACUGGAGAAUUUGGACAACGCAGAAAAUUGUAGAGAUGAUUUAGAAAGAAACGGUUCACCAGUUAUUGUUAAAACUGAAUGUUACAGUGACCAAGAAAACAGUCGAAAUAGUCAGUCGACGACGUCUUAUGAAGAUGAUGACGAAAAUUCCGAUGAUAAACCUCUGAAGCGAAUACGUCGUAGUUCACCAACAUAGUAACUAUUUAUUAUUUUGAAAAAUGUGAUUUAAUAGAUUGUUUUAUAUCAAAACUUAAUGCUUGAAUAGGUUGUUUCCUAAUUUUUAUUUUCAUGUCCGUCCUGUAGUUUAAUUUAAAACAUCAGACACGUAUGUUUUCUUUUCUCAC